AUGCACAAAGUAUAUAGCUUGAAAGAUAUUGAGAAUAAAGGUUAUCGGGUUGGUAGCAUCCGUGAAUCAGAACUUGAAAAAGCAUUGCGUAAUAAUAUUAAGUCUAGUUCUGGCCUUGCUAAUGAAUAUAUGGAUCUACAGGAUGAAUACUCAAAGCGAGUGAAAGAUUUUGAUCAGGAGAGAAAGAAGUGGAAUCAGGAUGCAUUACGUUAUGGCGCCUCAAAGAGGCAUGAUGAUAUUAUUGAACCACCAAAAAUUGAUACUGAGAUCAAUUCCAAAGUAAGUGAGUCACGAAGUGAGAAUGCUAAUACAUCUGAAAUUAACGAUAAAGAUAUCAUAUCUCAUUCUCAGAUUCAAGAUAUUGCAAUAGGAGGAGCUGAGGAAUUAGGAG